AUGGGAAAGUGUCGAUGCGUAUCAAAACUCUGGUCGUCCAUAAUUCGCCGUCCUAAUUACAACCAGUUGUUCCCGCGGAGGAUCAAUUACACUCCGGAUGAUAUACCAAAGCUCCUUUUCGCCAUCAAAGCUGAAAAAAAGUUGUACUACUUCUCUUCACAUGAUCCAGGUGAGAAUGAGAAAUCAUCUCUUGUAGCCACCCUUCUUCAUACUCAUACCUUCACAGGUUUCUUUCAAUUCUGUGGCUCUAUAUGCGGACUAGUCUGUGGUCAAAGUCGGGGAAAGAAUUAUACAGUGGCUGUGAUUUAUAAUCCAGUCACAGGAGAAUCUGUAACCACACCAAAAGUGAAGUUGAUAACGCAAGGGAUUGAGUCAAAGGUAAAGUUAUAUUUUGGGUAUGAUCCAGUCGAGAAACAGUACAAGGUACUGUGUGUAACCUCCUGGUCAACUGAGAAGGAUUUUUCUACUCAGCAUUAUGUUCUCACGUUAGAGACUGGAAAUCUCUUGUGGAGAAAGAUCCAAUGUUGCAACACUUAUCAUCCUCUGAUUGAAGAUGGGGUAUGCAUUAAUGGCGUUUUAUACUAUACAGCAGAGAACAAUAAAAAAACACGUGAGGUGGUUUGCUUUGAUGUUAGGUCUGAGAAGUUGAGUUUGAUUAAGGUUGAUCCAGUCUUGGCGACAAAGAUUGGUGGUACUAUAGGUUCGACACUGAUAGAUUACAAGGGUAAAUUAGGUGCUAUUAUUAUUAAUGAUGUUGAUAUUGAGCUGUGGGUUUUAGAGGAAGCCAAGGAACAUAAAUGGUCAAAGCAAACCUACGGGUUAUCUUCGAACCGUUGGUAUUAUCAUGGAGUGACUGGCAGAGGGAAAAUCGUGUGUUACCCAAAUGUCCCAAACUCCGGAAGAAGAUACGAUCGUUUGAAGAUUUUUUACUACAGUCGCGAGAGCAACAUGCUAGAAAGUGUUGAAAUUUCAGGAUUUGAGAAUCCAGGAUCUGAAGUUGGUUAUAAAAAUUAUGAAGUUUACACGUUCCCUAACUAUGUAGAGGAUGUCAAGCUUAUUUAA